AUGGCUAAUAUUGUAAGGAUCACCCACAACGUCGACACGGGGAACUAUAAUGAUUUUAUCCUCGCACUUCGUGACAUCCUCACCGCGCACGACGACAACCCAAGGCAGUUUGUCUGCGACUAUCGUAACGGUAGGAUCCAUCAUGUGCUUCCCAAACAGAAGCUUCCCAGAGAACCGAAGAGGUGGAUAUACAUCAAGCUUGUACUGAAAGACGGCGCAGAGACAACACUCGCCGUCCGGGAUGACAACGUGUACCUGAUUGGCUUCAUGAAUCAGAGAGGAGAAUUGUUCGAGUUUGGUUUCUCGGGGACGAUUGACCGUAGCAAGAGAAGCAGGCCUAUGCUCCGAGGGUCCAGGUUCUUGGAAUGCGAUGUCAACUACGGGAGCCUACUACAUGGAGGGGCGCGGAACCUUAAGAAUAUGGAGCUUGGCCGAGCGUUCGCGCUCUUCGCCGUGAGGCAGCUGUCAGGCUACUAUCAAGGUCAAGGCCGCAUAGUUGGCGACAACACCAGACGUGCACUGGCAGGCCUCAUGGUGAUUGUCUGCGAGGCCACAAGGAUGCGCCCGCUCCUGGAGACGGCGGGCUGGCAUGACAGGUUCAGCUGCUUCAUCAAGAGCAAGCACGUAGACUACAUUUGGGGUUGGGGCGACAUGUCAGAGGCGCUGCUGCGGUGGAAAAGGGACGGGAACACCUUCCAAUUCCCCAAGUGUCUGGAGGAUAUCGGGGUCGGAGGCCCAUGUAAGGCACUUGACAUAGUUGAGCUGCUGCUUAACACGCCCAUCCACCGUGAUCCGCCUCGAUGGCGGGGGGAUCAGCGGCGCCAGCGGCCCGCGGCAGGUGACGACGACGCCAGGCUAUCGGAGCAACAGCGCCGCGCGGCAGGUGACCGUGGCCAUCCGUCGGAGAAGCAGCGGCCCGCUGCAGGUGAAGAUGGCAGCGGAUCCGGGCAGCAGCAGUCUCCUCCUAAUAAAAGGAGGAGAACCGAGCAGCAGCAUGACCAGGACCAGCCGCAGGAGCAGCAGCCGCCGCCGCCGCCGCCGUCUGACAAGGGCAGCGGGGAAUCCCAGCAUUCCCAUCAGCAGGAGACACCACCGGUAUCGCCUGCUGACGAUUACGUGGCCUGUGGCCGACCAUUGGUGGAGGUGUUCGCCGUGCGCGCCGGCUUCCAUUUCGUCGGCACCAUUGCCGUCUUCGACGGCAUGCGCGGCCAGGUCAUCUACGAGAACGAGAACAAUGGCGGUGCUCCUCCUAUCCACGGCUCCUCUUCGCGCUCGGGUGACGACGACCAGGGCUACGCGCCGCUGCUGCUGACUGGGCCAUACCGAGCGAUCUCCGCGUACGGGAGCUUCACCAUUGAGGUUGACAUCUGCGGCGCCGUGAUGGCGGCACAACAAGACCAAGGCUCAGGAGACGUUGGUGAGCUGAAUUGGGAUUGCUACGACGAAGAAAAGGUUUACGACAGGCCAGUUAGAGAGACCAUCACAACGAGCAGCAGCGGCCGCAAGGUAGAGGUGACCUACGCGGUGCUGAGCGACGCCGUGGAUGCCGAAUUGGAAGUCCACCUUCGCCUCCCCGGAGCGACUGCUGAAGGCCGUGGCGCCGUCGUCUAUGGUCGCAUCGCCACGCGCAGCAAGGCCUUCCAUCAUGAACACCUAGCGUGGAGCGUGCUCUUCGACUCGGAGGUCGACGGGGUGUCCCUCGUCGCCGAUGGCGCCGGCUCCAUUGCCCGGUUGCCGCUGGCACGGUCUGUCGUGGCCAUGCCACUUGGUUCGCCGCUCGUGAUAAUGGCAACCCUGUACGAUGCACCGCCAAGCCAAUAUGGUGUCAGCCCCGUCUUUCAGUGCCAGGAUAUGGAGCUCACCCUAGAUGACCGCAUGAGGAGACGCUCCGCCGACAACGGCGGCGAGUUUGAAGUGAGCAUCACCUCGCCUGACCGCUAUCGUCCCCGGCCAAGGCGAAAUGACACGGCGACCCCACGAUGA